GGUAUUGUUGAUCCUUUUCUGACUCGCUGCGUGGAAUUCCAAAUUCUUCGCUCAACUCGAGUGCCUCUCGUGCGAUCAUGCCCGCGUAGCAUCUGAGCAGACAUCGAAUCUUAAAUCUUGAUAAUGCUGACAUGGAGACUUUACUUUUCCGACGCAAUCGUUUCAAGUUUCACGAUAUCUCUUCACGACAAGUUUUGGGAGGAUCAUGAAAGUCGAGCUAGACUCAAAGGCACACAUAUUCCCGUGCUCCGUGGAUGGGGUAAAUGCACUCUCCAAACUCUAUUAGAGGAAAGAGUUGCUCCUUGCUCUUGUGAUUACGGGGGGUUUUAUCAAAAGUGGCACUUCAUACAUAUCAAAAGAAAUCAAACUCAGCCUAGAUUCCCAGGGGUUUCUAUCGACGGUCAGCUCAGAAACAGCCGCUGCAUCAUACUCUGUGUACGCUCUGUGCAAAUUCAUACUGUAGAUGAGAUGGAGAUGGAUGGCACACUGGACUGGUGAAUCCGGUGGUGAAAAUGCGUUUCGAUGGCGAGGUGGUGAGAAAGAGCUCUGAAGAUCGUGCCCUUUGGAUCGUGCUACCUACCUCCCCGUGCUUAUUUAUGAUUUGAGACGAUCCAUGUGUGACCGUGUACAGAGUGACCCAGCAUUCAAGGCUAGACUAGAAGCUACCAGACCUACAUCGUAGAACAACACCUACGUACAGCA